AUGAACGAAACAGCACUAGAUUACAGUUUCCUAGGCAAUAUCUCAGAGAAAAUACGCAACGGGACGCCGAACAGUCUGCCCUCGCCGCAAACGACCGGCUACGAAAACAUCAUCGACAACAAAAUAGUUCAAGCCUUGUUCUGUGUUAUUUACACCAUAAUAUUUGUUUUGGGGCUCGUCGGGAACCUUUUAGUAUGCUUCGUCGUGAUCAGAAACAAAGCCAUGCAGACUGUCACGAAUUUAUUCAUCAGCAAUCUAGCGCUCUCUGAUAUUUUGCUAUGCAUUUUCGCAGUUCCUUUCACCCCACUUUACUCCUUCCGAGGUUCCUGGAGCUGGGGCUCACUACUAUGUCACAUAAUGCCUUUCGCCCAAGGGUGCAGCGUAUACAUAUCCACUUUAACUCUUAUGUCUAUUGCUAUCGAUAGGUUUUUUGUAAUCAUUUACCCUUUUCGACCGAGGAUGAAGAUUGAGACGUGUAUUACAGUUAUUAUAAUGAUAUGGACAUUCUCAGUCACCGUGACGAUGCCGUACGCGAUUUUCAUGACGUAUUAUGAUUUGGACAUCGGGAGAUUCUGCGAAGAAACAUGGCCGACUGAGAAGCUGCGUCGUAUCUUUGGAUCUGUCACCUCCUGCCUACAGUUCGUCUUACCGUUCAUAGUUAUAGCCGUCUGCUACACGUGCGUCAGUUUCAAAUUGAACGACAGAGCUAAGGCAAAAGCAGCUAGCAAAAAUUCUAGGAAGGAAGAAUUGGAUAAGAAUAGAAAGCGACGGACCAAUCAAAUGCUGAUCGCUAUGGUUACCAUAUUCGGUCUUUCGUGGUUGCCUCUGAACGUGAUCAACUUGUGCAAUGACUAUUACAUCUAUGCUAUCCACUUGAAGUAUUAUUUCUUGAUUUUCUUCAUCGGGCAUAUAAUAGCAAUGUCUUCGACAUGCUAUAACCCUUUCAUCUACGCUUGGAUGAAUGAGAACUUUCGGAAGGAAUUUAAGCAGUUGAUUCCGUGUAUAGAUACAUCAGCACAGUUGAGAGGGAAUAUUCAGCUAGAGCAGUUGGGGGUAGGGCAGGGUGAGAAGACCUUCAAUGGGAACACGACGACUGACAGUUUUCUGUCAAGUUCACAAAGAGCGACGUCAUUCCGGCAUAAGAGGAAGCCGAGUGCUGCUGCAGACGUGGAGAAGAGUGGAGUGGAGCUGAACGAGGAUUUGCUGACGGUUGAUGUAAAGCACUGUCACAUAUCCACCAGUUACAACCUGAGGAGGGAGUCCGUGAAACUGCGCCUGAUCAAUGAGGAGUCAUUCGACGGGACGCCGACGCAAAGUCAAUUCUAA